CCGACUUGCUUUACUUUGCUAAUCGCUUUUUCUUUGCAAAUAAAUGUUUUUGUGUACUUAAAAUAACCGCAGGCUCAUCUACACAACCAUGGAGCCUGAUUGCUAUCUUGUGGAAGUGAUCCACUAUCAAAAUCCCCAUUUAAUUUGGGUUCGUAACCCGACGACCGACACCAUGGAACAAGUUGGUGUUUACGGAGUCGUUCCUCUGGAUAAAGAACUGAUGCUGGAUACUCAGGAGAUAGAGAUAAAGCGUAGCAACACUUGGAUGCAGGCGGCUACUGUCGUUAUGAUGAAAGUUUUCUCGGAAGCUACUGCGGUGUGGUUUGAGCCGAUUUAUAUACAUCGAAGAACCUCAAUCUUUGACACCAACAUACAUAAAUAUGGUGAGCUGUUAAUACAGAAAAAUGAUGGAAAGAAAAGAAAACUCUCCGGCUAUCUCACAAAAUCACAAACAGCUCUAUAUGAUGAUGCUGCUUUCCAUCAACAACUAAGUUCAGGGCUCAUACAGACAAAACUGUCAAAAACAGAAACAGAUGAAGUGAUGAAAAUUAUCACUAGCAAACUGAAAGAUUACGAAUCUGUCGUCUCAUUUAAGAAGCAAACUGAGGUAUACCAAGUAGCUAAGAAGUUAGAAGAACUAACUACAGAAAACUUGAACAAACAUAACAGUAGACUAAAUAAGAAUGUCACCAAUAAAGACAUUUUCAAUAUCCUGGACAGGAAGUUUAAAGACUUCCAACUGUGUAAAGAUCUUGACGACGAACCUCAAGGAAGAGCUAGUAAGAAGACCAAAACAUCUGACAGUUCAUCUUCACGUCUUGACAAACUUAAGAGACUUAGUGUCAAAAAUAAUGUUCCCAAAUAUGAUGACUUUAAUGAUGCAAAACCUGAUAAUACACCUCAUGAUGACUAUGAUGAUACUAAAGCUAAUUACAAUCAGAACCAGAGUAAUCAUAGUAAUCAGAGAAAUGUAGCUAAGCCAGGAGUUGCAGCUUAUCAUGAUGACAGUUCUGUGACAAAAGAAGAAGAGAGCAGUGAGAGUUUCCAACCCAGGAGGAAUUUCAAAAACAAGAAAUACAAAUCUUCAAGUAAUAAACCACCUGAAUAUGAUGUGAAAACACAAAUGCGCAUAGCAUAUAGCCCACCAGGGGUAGACAAGAUGAAACUUGCCCUAAAAAUAGUACCAAUCAUACCCAUUGAAGAACAUAAUGAUACUAAAACUCCUUAUUUGCCAACUGUGUCCAAAGAAGAUGAAACAGAUGUGAAGACGCCAAAAGAUGACAUGUAUGGUGAGGUUGAUUCUCGUGUUAACAUUGCUAUUACAAAUAAAGAUACCUUGAAAAAGUACUAUGAUUUAAAUGUCAAUAAACCUGUAGUAGCACACAAAGAUACUUACUAUACAGAUUCCCAUGGAGACAAUUAUAAUAAAAGAUCAACUGUAGAUGCACAAAAACAAAACAAUAAUUUUACCUAUCAUGAUACUGGCAAAGACGAACUUAAAAUUAUAGAACAGAAUAAUGAAGGAAAAGCCAUGUCUGAUGUUUCAACAAGUGAUGGAAGUGCUAAUGUCUUAACAUCCAAACUCCUACAAAAAAGGCUUAAUGCUAUGAAAAUUGUGAAGAAGGAUAGUAGUUCAUCUUCAAAUACCACCAGCAGUACAGAAAACGCGAAAAAAAAUGAAAGCAGUUCACUUAACACAACUAGCAAGGACUCAGAUGAUGAAGAAGUGAAUGAACUCAUUGAAAAAUAUACGGCUACUCUUAAAGCUACUGUUGAAAUUGCAGAAAUGAAAGAUAAGACUGUUGAUGUAGUUGCUAAGAAAAAUAAUGUCAACCCAUUUCAAAAUGUAGAUCCAAACCUAUCUGUGUUUGUAGAUAAAUUGAUAAAACCUGUACUCAUGGUGCAUACUAAAAACAAUUCUCGAAUUGAGCCCAUGGUUGCGUUAAGUGACAUACCGUUUAACACCCAUGUGCAUAAUAUACUUAGGAAUAUGAAUGUUGAACAAGCGAUGACCAUGCAGUCGGUGUCAUGGAUGAGUGUUCUCAGGGGGUACAGCACCUUCCUGAUUGGCCCACAAGCGUGUGGAAAAACCAUGGGAUAUUUACCAUCAAUAUGCCGAUUAAUAUCAGAUUUUGAUAAUGAUAUUGUGAACAGUGUCGGUCCUACUUGCAUCAUAGUGGCAGCCACUGCCCAGUCCGUCUCUGAUAUCGAGUAUAAGUGUAGGAUGCUCCUUGGCACUAAAGAAAAGAUUUUCUCCUGCUACGCUGGUAUGGACUUAUUGAAAAUCACCACAUCUUUGCUAAACGGGUGCAAUCUCUUCAUAUGCACGCCUUGCGUCUUAGUCAGACUGUUACUACAAACAGACUUCGGUUUAGAUCUACGUCGUUUGACCACUUUCGUACUUGACGAUUGCGAGAGACUUGAAGAAGUCUACAAAAAUGAGAUAAAAAUAGCUUUAUCUAAAAUCAAGCACAUGCUGAAAGCAAGAGUCAAUAAAGAGGUGAAAGUCCAGUACAUUCUGGCUUCUAGAGUGUGGUGUGAUUUUAUGGAGCCACUGGCCAAGAAAGCACCAAACACAGUAAUUUGCAUAGGCGCCUUCCAAGAGUGUGUACUUUACUCCAAAGCCAACACUACUGUUGAUUUUGUAAAACCUGAAAACAAAAUCGCCAAAGUGCUGGAUUUUGUGCAAAAAAUGGAAAAAAAGAAAACUAUUGUAGUCUGUCGGACAGACGAAGAAGUAACUGAACUCGUAAAGAUUUUAAAAGAAAAACAUCCAGUGGUGUACGCUUGCAAUAAUGAAAUGACGGUUGAAGAGCUGAGGAAUUUUAAUCUGACAUGGGACCAAUAUGCCGAUCCUACCAUUGGUCCUAUUCUCGUUUGUUGCGAUGGGAACUUGAGUCAUAUGAACAUCACUGAUGCUCACAACCUGGUCCAUUAUUCUAUGCCAGAACUGUUCUCUAGGUUCUGCAAGCGCUUUUCUGUGCUAAACGACCAUUACCCUUCUAUAUUUAAAGAGGAAAAUGAAGGUGUGGCUAUAAGAAUCAUACUAGAAAAGAGUAAUGCAGAACAACUUCCGAAAAUCUGCAACUUCAUCAAACGAUGCACCAAAGAAUUCCCUCAAGAUCUGGAUGUCAUCUGCAAAGAAAUUUUGCACAGAAAAGACAUGGCUAAAGCUGCAAAGCUUGUGCCCAUCUGUGGAAAUAUCCUGACAUUGGGAGAUUGCCCUGACUUCUGGUAUUGCAGAGAAAGACACACGAGUUCGCAAACUCAUGAUGAGCCUGUGGAAUGGAUGCCGACUGAAGGUGUGAUCACUUUUAGGAUUUUGCACUACCAGAGCGCAGUUACGUACUCUAUUCGUUUACUGUCCAACGUAAAGAAAGGAGGCACCAAAAAGUACCCUCAAACCUUCAAUACACUCGCCUUUAAGAUGGGAACAUACUUUAGCCAGGAAAGUAAUAAGAAACUUCUUGGCGUUCCAAAGAUAGGCGAUAUCUGCGCAGUGGCUAUAAACCAAGACUUCUACGUGAGAUGCCAAGUCGUCGACAUAAUAAAUAAUUACAGAAACGGUCUGCCAAACCACGUAUUAAUAAAACUCAUUGAUGAAGAAAAGCUGGAGACCGCGCGGGAUAUCUACCUGUACCAUCUACCGAAAGAAUUUAGGGACGUUGAAACUUAUGUCGCUCAAGUGAGCUUAGCAGGCGUCCUACCAAAAGACAAAGACAUAACGUUUUCUGAACUGGCUAAAAACCAUAUCAAGAAAGGCUUGGAAAACAAUGAAACCUUGUACAUGAGAGGCAAGAUUGUCCUGACAAUCGGGAACCGGAUAUUCGUCGACAACAUUGAUGUGUGUCAAGACUUGACGUCUAUGAACGAGGUGGUGGUCAAAAACAACUUCAAAGAAAUGUUGUCGGCGCAUUCGGAACCGUUCCCUGAUCAUAUUAAGAAAAUAAAGAGCCGCCUGUUUGCCGAAGAAGAAGUGAUUACAGAGACCACAGAUUUUGAACAAGUUGAAGAGAUAAAGCCAGUAAAAGAACUGCCUAAAGUGCAGUGGGCGCAUUUGAAUCGCGAUGACCUAUCGUUGGUCUAUUUUACAUCAGCUGUUGAUCCCAGCACGUUUUUCGUCCGUUUGGUCAAAUUUACAGACACCAUGGAAUCCCUUUGCAAAGAUAUCAAAAGGUACACAGAAGGUAACCCUGAGCCACUGAGAAAAGUCAAGGAGAAAGACAUAGUUUUGGCUAAAUUUCCGGACAAUAAAUGCUACGAGCGAGCUCGAGUAGACUUUGUUGAAGACAGUAAAGCGAAAUGCUUUUUCGUCGACUAUGGAGACUGGAGGGAUGUGCCUUUAAAAGAUUUGACGGAAAUCCCUGACAAAUUCGUACUUCGUUUGCCUUUCCAAGCGAUAGAAUGCAGACUACUGGGUGUGAGACCUGUGGGCGAUGCAUGGUCAGACUUUAGCACCAACUGGCUUUGCGACCGAUGUGACGUGGGACGACCAAGACUUAAAAGUCUUUACGUUAAAUACUACUCGACUGACAAAGCCAAAUUCACCGGAGGAAACAAAUAUGCAGUAGCAUUAAUAGAUACCAACGGUGACAGUGACGUUGUAUAUAAUACGCAGAUGAUCAAUCUUAACUUAGCGGCUCCAGAUGAGGAAGAGAUCGAGAUACUCAAUAGCAUGAAUUUCGUAAGACCUGAGGAGAAAAAAGAAUCUCGUGAUGAAGACUGGAGUAACGAUGCUUACGAUAAAACUAAAGAUUCUAAUGGACCAAUCCGGUCGGUGCCUUUAGUAGAAGAUAGUGACACUGACAGUGAUAGAUGGAGCGUAAACAUGCCAGAUGAGAUUGUUAACACUUUCAAACCUGAUGCAAGAUCUAUAGAAAUGCCCAAAAUAAAAUCAGACGCGUCUUCAAUAGCCAGUUCCAACAGAAUCGACAAUGAUUCUGUCACAAGCGAAUAUGAAGUUGUGAAAAAGCCACAAAUUAGAGAAUUAGAUUCUGACGAUCUGUCUACUUCUGAAAGCGCAAGCGUAACUGAGAAGUCAGAAUUAAUUAAAGAAGUAAACGAGGGUAGAAAACCAAAAUUACUGUGGAGACAAAAUAAAACGACAGUCACAGUGAAAAUAAUGAUAGUAGGAGCCGAAAGUUACGAAUUGAAAAUAAAAGAAAGAGAAUUACAUUUCUCAGCAGACAUUUAUGACACAAUGUACAAUUUCAAUAUAAGUUUAUAUGGUAUCGUUGAUAAAAAUAAGUCUUCACAUGCUUAUAAAGGGCAGUACAUACUUGUGAAACUUUUUAAGGUUAUGCAAAAGAACUGGUUGACCUUGAGUAAAAAUGAUUCUUUAGCGAAGUGGAUUGUCUAUGACCACGAUUCCAUAGACACUUCUUCAGAAGAGGAGGAUGCGUUAGACGAUUCUAGGGCGAAGGUUAUAAAGAAUAAUUACCGUCAAGACGAUUCGGAUAGCGAUUCGUUUUGCGAUGAUGUUAGUAUGAAUUAUCCUAGUUAGAGGGUAGAUGUAAAUGUAACUGUUUGCUUCAAGUUGCCUUUCGACGACCGUCAAGUCACAACCUAUGUACAGUCAACCAAGCUAAAUCCUGGGUCACUGUAGAACCUUUUCAC